AAAGAGAGCGAGAGAGAGAGAGAGCGAGUGACUGAGAACGAGAGAGAGAGAGAGAGAGAGAGCGAGUGACUGAGAACGAGAGAGAGAGAGAGCGCGAGCUGUAGAAAGUCGUAGUGCGCGCUGCGCUGCUGAGCUGAGCUGGUCCGGAUGGAGCUGUCAUCGCUCGGCGAGCAAGUGUUCGCUGUGGAGUCCAUCACCAAGAAGAGAGUUCGGAAGGGAAAUGUGGAAUAUCUACUGAAGUGGCAAGGAUGGCCCCCAAAAUACAGCACAUGGGAGCCAGAGGAAAACAUACUGGAUCCUCAGCUUGUUCUUGCCUUUGAAGAAAAGGAGGAGAAGGACAGAGCCCAGGCUCACAGGAGGAAAGGGCUGAGGCCCAGAAGACUCAUCUUACGGAACAUCUACACUAUGGAACUACGAAGUGCUCACAAACUCCCAGAGAAGCCCACCCCCCGAAUCCGCCUUUCACUCACCCGCGCUGUGGGGGCAGAGCUAGACCAGAAUGGGCGUCGCUACAGGACAAGGGAAGGCGGAGUCUAUCACCACAGGCAUGAGAAGCGCAAGAGUAGGCACUAUUCAUCCAAACCGCCGGUCAUUGCCGAAAAUCCACGGCAACGACCUUUGACCCAUCAAAAAGACAUUAUGGAGGAGGAGGAGUGGGAGGACGAGGAGAAGGAGGGAAAAGAGCAGGAGAAGAGAAAGAAGAAGAAGACAGAAAAAGACGAUGAGAAAACAACAUACUCACGUCAUGACAUUCCAAGUGCCCAAGAGAUGACCGGAGACCACAUCCCUUCAGCAAAACAGAAAGCUGUCGUCAUGGCCAACCAGUCAGAACACUGCGCUUUGUCAUGUGAACGCGGGGACCAGCUAACCAAGCAUGUCCACACCGAGACCAUUUCAGUUCAGAGACUAACAGACCAAUCAGCGGUCAGCACAAUCACAGAAACACAUGAGCCAAUCAAAGACAGGUCAGGAGGCGUGGCGUCUGCACCAGUGUCGCAUAAUGAGACUAAAAUUGACCAAUCACUGAAGAGCAGCUCAGAAUUGGUUUAUUCAGCAAAAGAAGUGGGUUUGAUUGACAGGGUCCAAAAGCGAGCUUCAGUAAUCUGCUUGAUUGACAGCUGUAUGCAGGACCAGGUGAAAGAGGCAGGUCAGACAGACGUGUCGGCGGACAGUACAGAGAAAGAGACAGAUGAGGAUGAGGUCACAGCCGAGUGUACGACUACUUUACAGCUGAGUGCUGAGGUCAGGACAGACCAGUCGCAGGGACCUGGCAGCACAGAGCAUCCUGGGAAGGUGAUCGUGACCGACGUGACUAUUAACUGUGUGACUGUGACGUUUAAAGAGGCCAUGACCGCAGAAGGGUUCUUCAGUGGCUACGGCCUGCAGGUCUGAGAGGCAGUGAAAAAUAGGAGACAGGCAUCAGAAUUACAGCUGUUGAAGGAAUGUUGUGGCAAAAAAUAUGUUUCCCCACUUACUCCAGAUGUAGUCAAUUGGUACAUCAAUACAUGACUACAAAUUUAGUUUCUUUAGUUUAGAACUGGAGCAGGGAGGCUAACAUUGCUAACACGAGAACUCAGUGGUCAUCAAAGUCAUUUCUGUAAACAUGCAUCACCAAAACUCUCAGCCUGCUUUGAGGCAUCCAGGUCUUCAAUAAGGUUGUGUGAACUAUUAUGGACAGUAACAAUGAACAAAACUUCAGGGAGACACAUUAAACAACAUGGUCUGUUUUCACGUCAGGAAAAAGACCGUAGCUGCUUCCCAAAUUCAGGGGCUGCAUCCUUUGGAAGCUGCAUUUGAAGGCUUGCGUCACACAGCGUGACUUGUCCAUCCCAUUUCCAAGGCUCCUUCACAUGUGUGCUUAUUUCCCGUGGUAAUGAAGGACCCAACGGAUGGACCCUUCGCCCUCCAGUAUAUCCCGAGGUUCAUUGUGUGUCCGCGAACAUAGCUGAGGAGCAAACUGCAGGUUUACUUUUAAAUGAAUGUAUUGGGUUAAACUGAUUCGAAUAGCUAAUGAUACAGAUGUUAAAAAAGCCAGGGAAUGUGGUCUGACGCAAGACUUAUUCUAACAUUUCGUUUUGUUUUAGGGAGCAAGGAGCAGACAGAGAGAAGCACCUCCAGCUCUAAUCAAGGAAAAAAAAUCUUUGAAGAACUUUAAAAUAACUUUGUCAGAGUGGCAUUUUGUGACGCACCGCUAAGGUCAGGAAAAGCGGUACUGUGACACCAGCAGGAAAUCUGCCAUAAAAUAGACUGAUUCAUUUCAGUUCAGCCUCCACAGGACAUGCCGUCGUAGACUGCAUCCUUCGAAGAAUGCAGCCCCUAAAUUGGGACACAGUGAAUGACCAUCAUAAAUAUGGAGGAAUCCGAUUGAACAUCAGUCCUGCUUUGUCAGUACUAGACCUCAUAAUAGUUCACAAUAUGCCGUAUUCUAAACCACAUCAAGACUGCACAACCUUAAUGAAGACCUGGAUGCAGUUCGAGCAGGUUGAAAGUUUUGGUUGUUGUAUUUUUACAGAAACUGUGCUCUUUGGGUGUUAGCGACAUUAGCCUCGCUUUGCCAGUUCUAAACUAAUGAAGCCCAAUUUGGACACCAAUCACGUCUUGACUGAUCGACUACGUUUGGGCAAAGAGUAAAAUUGGGUAAGUCUGAUUUUUGAACGGUUUCUUUAAAGGAAUCCUUCACCUCUAAUUGUAAACAUGGCUAAAAAAUCUGUGAGUGCUAAUAAGGACAAGCUUGCUUUUUCCUUUUAAUACUUACCGGCACCUGCUAACUUUACUAGCAGUGUAUUAGCAAUGCUAGCCGUUCUAGGUGAACAUGAGAGAGGGAGAGAUUUCCACAGCGGUUGAUUGAUCUGUCAGUGUAGUGAGGUCUUUCAAUAUUUAUCCUUUACAGAUGCUCUCAUUCAUGUCUGAAGGCUUUUCUUGGUUUUUCUCUCUUCGUUUUAGUCAAAGAGUGAAUAAUCGGUGAAGGAUUUUUGAUCAUGUUCAGUGUUGCUGACAGUGAAGCCUUAAAUGCACGCAAACACAAACAUUUGCUCUCAAAGCAUAGUCUGUGUUACUGUUCUAACAAAAUGGAAAAAAAAAUGGUUAAAAAAAGUUUACGUAGCUGACAUUACUACUUUGUAGAGUCUAUAGCUCUGUGCGACCUGUCCAGGUGGGCUGGAGAAAGGCAAAGGCUUACCUGGCUCAGGUUUGUCCUACCUGUGGCAAGAGUGUGCACCCUCAUUGUGCUUCAAGGCCUUCCUGCAUUUUUAAAGAGACAGUAUCAGUUUACAUUACAAAACACUGCUGCAGAUGCUGUACUGAAGCAUAGGCCCUGUUCGCAAACGAAUCCAGUGUGCUUUCGAUGUAUUUAUAGCAUGUAUCCAGCUGAAUUUAACUUAUGCGAUCGGUUAAUGUGGUGGAACUUCCAAAAAAAAAAAAAAAAAAAAAAAAAAAAAAGA